AUGAUUGAUCACAUCCACAGUGUUACAAGAGCCAUUGAAGCCUCGCAAGAGUACAGGUUGCUGUUGCGUCUUACGUCCAUCGAUUUGGAGAAGACCAUUGAUUUCAUCGAGGCGGAAACGGUGAAUGAAGGCUUGAGCAACGGAUGUCGGUACUUCGCCCCGAAAUCGCGUCGCGUUCACUGCACACGAUCGCGCUCUAUGAAGGGAAAGACUUGA